GGCUGCGGCGACGGCCGGCGGCCGCCAUGGGGAACAAGCAGACCAUCUUCACGGAGGAGCAGCUGGACAACUACCAGGUGCCAGUGAUGCCCAAGUUCAGGUUUCUCUCCAGACUUCUCUGCCUUCCUGAUCAAUCGAUCCAUCCCCCAGGCCUCUCCCUCCCCAAAGCAGGGCUCCCUGCCUUCCCCAGAACCCACCACUGCCGCUCCGUCCUGGCUCUCUGCUUGCACUCAGGCAGCCCAUGAUUUCAGCCCUGAGCAAGUCCUGUAGCUCUCCUGGGAGCCCGCCUCUGUCUCCGCCUAAGGAUCCAAAGCAAGACCAGACUUUGAAUGUGGCUACAAAACCUCUCCUUUGCCGACCCCACCAGCCUACUCAGAACCCUGAGAAGCUUUUAAGGUUCCUGCCAUAUUCGCCCCCUGGGGACUGCUUCCUGCCACGGGCUUCAGGCAGAUAAGUCAGCAGAAGCAGACUGUCCGCUGAUGUGUGGCUUCACGGCAGCCUUGCUGGUGCUCAGAGGCGGGCGAGGUUAGGGGAGGCAGGGUCAGCGCCUUCACAGACACCUUCUGCAGCCAGCGGGAAGUUUACCUGCAGAGGCCUGGUUCCUCAUCCCAUCUGCACGUAUUGAGCACCUGUGGUGCGCCGGGCAUCAGCACACACAGCGGGAGCAGGACGCCGUCACGUGCAGUGGUCGUGGGUGGACCCUCCAGCAGCAGGCCACGAUCAGGAAGCACAGAGGCCCGAGCUGCAGUCAGCCCUUCUGGGCUGCAUGUACAGCUAAGAGCAAACCAUCAACUUCACGGAACCUCAGUCUUCACAUCUAUAGAAUGGGGAGGACUGCACCUUCUUCAAUAAGAAGGACAUCCUCAAGCUCCACGCGCGGUUCUACGAGCUGGCCCCCAACCUCGUCCCCAUGGACUACAGGAAGAGCCCCGUGGUCCACGUGCCCAUGAGCCUCAUCAUCCAGAUGCCGGAGCUCCGGGAGAACCCCUUCAAGGAAAGGAUCGUGGAGGCUUUUUCUGAGGACGGCGAGGGGAACCUCACCUUCAACGACUUUGUGGACAUGUUCUCUGUGCUGUGCGAGUCAGCUCCACGGGAGCUCAAGGCUAACUACGCCUUCAAGAUCUACGACUUCAACACGGACAACUUCAUCUGUAAGGAGGACCUGGAGCGCACGCUGGCGCGGCUCACCAAGUCAGAGCUGGACGAGGACGAGGUAGUGCUCGUGUGUGACAAGGUCAUCGAGGAGGCCGACCUGGACGGCGACGGCAAGCUGGGCUUCGCGGACUUUGAGGACAUGAUUGCCAAGGCUCCCGACUUCCUCAGCACCUUUCACAUCCGGAUCUGAGAACACUGGUGAGGACGCGGGGGCCCUGAAGCUGACCCUCUGGCUGUCCUGUCUACACGAGCGUGACCUCCGAGCUGCCCGGAAUAGAGGCUGUGGCCUCUGGGCUUAGACCCACCAACAUUUCCUCGGCCCUUUCAGCAAAAAAUUCCUUAACCAGGGAAGGGGGCUGUGGGGAGCAGGGCCCUGCCAUAGGCCAUCUGUCUGGGCCCCCAAGCCCUCUGGACCCCCGUCCUCUCCCCGUCAGAAGUGGCCCCACUAGGAGGGGACAGCAAGACCUCACAGGGCAAGGGCUCCAGAUGUGUCCCAAGUCCUGGGCGGGUGUCCCAGUCACCCAGGGCAAAGUGAAAAGGGAAAGAGGACAAGGUUUCAUGAGCUAUGCAAAACUCACAGCUGGGCUGCCCCCCUGGCCCCCCCAAUGUGAAACUGUGUGGACAGUGGGUCAAGGGCUCUGUCCCUGUCCCUGGCUGUGAGGCCUGGGCAUCCCAUGUUCUGCACCGCCCCCCAAAGAUGUGGAAUUCUCACUGGUGCGUGCUGUCCACACAUUUGUGAAUUCCCGGUAGUAAAGCACUUUGACGUCCCUGUGCUCUCUCUGCCGACGUUAA